UAAAUAGGUCUCGCCUCCGCCUCCACUUUCCGAUUCUCUCUAUCUCUCUUCCUUUUUUCUGUGUGAGAAAAAAUAUUUGAUAUAUAGAGAAUGCCUGGUUUAACCUGCAACGCUUGCAACAAAGAGUUCAACGACGAUACCGAGCAAAAGCUACAUUACAAGUCCGAAUGGCACCGUUACAAUCUCAAGCGCAAGGUAGCUGGGGUUCCUGGAGUGACUGAAGCAUUAUUUGUAGCUAGGCAAACUGCUCUUGCUCAAGAGAAAGGCCAGUCAAGUGAAACUCCGAUGCUCUACAGUUGUGGUCUUUGUGGGAAAGGGUAUAGAAGUUCCAAGGCUCAUGCUGAGCAUCUUAAAUCUCGAAAUCACAUCAUGCGGGCUUCUCAAGGAACAAACAAUGAAGAAGAGGACAAGGCAAUAGUUAAGCCACUUCCGCGUCGUGUUGUGAAUAAGCCACCCACACAAAGGGAGGUAAACGAUGAAGAGAGUGAAGAAAGCGACUGGGAGGAAGCUGAUCCGGAAGAAGACUUGGUUGGUGAAGCCACAAAGUCCUUAACUGAUUUGAAUGUACGUGAGGUUGGCUCUGACAAUGACAUGGAUGAGGAUGACGAUGAUGAUGACUACGAGGAGUUGGAUCCAUCUAGUUGCUUUAUGUGUGAUCUAGAGCAUGAUACCAUAGAGAGCUGCAUGGUUCACAUGCACAAGCAGCAUGGGUUCUUCAUUCCUGAUGUUGAGUAUUUAAAGGACCCAGAAGGAUUCCUUACAUAUCUUGGCCUUAAGGUCAAGAGAGAUUUCAUGUGUCUGUACUGUAAUGAUCGGUGCCAACCUUUUAACGGUUUGGAAGCAGUUAGAAAGCAUAUGGUUGCUAAAAGUCAUUGCAAAGUACAUUUUGGUGAUGGUGAUGAUGAGGAGGAAGCAGAGCUAGAAGACUUUUAUGAUUAUAGCAGCAGUUAUGUGGAUGAAGAGGGCAAACAGCUGGUUGCAGCAGGUGACAUGGACAACAAUGUAGAAUUUGGGAGUGGUGGCUCUGAGCUCAUUAUAACUAGAAGAUCUGAUGAAGGAAAAUCAACCAAAACACUUGGCUCCCGGGAAUAUAUGCGCUACUAUCGCCAGAAACCACGUCCUUCACCUUUGAACAAUAUGGCUAUUACUGCAGCACUGGCCUCAAGGUAUAGGAGCAUGGGGUUGGCUACUGUGCAGUCAAGAGAACAGAUGGUGAGAAUGAAAGUGAUGAAGCAAAUGAAUAGAUCAGGAGUAGAGGCCAUGCGCUCUAAGAUUGGGAUGAAGAGCAAUGUCAUCCGGAACCUGCCCAACAAUGUCACAUACUAGUUUUAGACCAGCUCUUUUUCUUUUUGAAGUUAUAUAUGAUAAUAGCUAAUAUUCUGUUGAAAUUAAGGUUAUUAUUAUCCUAUGAAGUUGCUGUAUUUUUUUUUCCCUCAGAAAUGAUUUAUACUUUCUAGUCCGAUAUACAUCUAGUAAGCAUCUGGGAUUGGUCAGACAUGGAUUGGAUGGACCUGGCCAUCAUGAAUUCUAUUGAAUGAAAUAGCGUUUGUAUUUUCAACA